AUGGGAAAACAACGAGGAUCACCGGCACCAUCAAAUCCAUUCCUUGGGGGAGGCUCAAAUCCCUUCCUCGGCGGCUCCGGUGGAGCCUCCACAUUCGGUUCAACCCCAAUCUCCCCCCUCUCCUCCGCCGCUCCACCCCCAGACCUCCACGGCCUCCCAUCCGCCCUCCUCGUCGCCUUCAAAUCCCUCUCCAAGCAGAACGAAACAACCAAAACCCGUGCGCUCGAAGACAUUCUCUCUUGGCUCCAAUCCGCUACGUCAAAUGAUGUGGACGAGGUGUUCUUGGUGGCGUUCGGGGGUUACUAUACACGUUUGGCUACAGAUGUUGGGAGGAGGGUAAGGGUGUUGGCACAGACUGUGCUGGCGGCGGCGGCGGGGUUGGCGGGGAAGAGGGUGGCGCCGCUUAUGCCGGUUCUUAUUUCGACGUUAUUGUUGUCACUUCACGACCCCGAUAGGACUGUCUCUCGCACCGCCCUCACUACAUUCACCUCAGUCUUCCCCGAUCCCCAAAAGCAAACUGCCGUCUACCGCGUCUAUCACCGCACGAUCCUCACCUUCUGCAUCGAGGUGUUGUUGAGGGAGACAGUGAAUAGCAUGAGUGAUGAACGCUACGUCACCCCCGAAGAUGCCGAAUCGAAAUACGGCCGAGUGGUAAUGCAAGCCAUGGGUGUCGUCGGAGUCCUACUCGCGGAAAUCGAGGAAGGGGUACGGAAGAAGGAAGAAGACAAUUACGUCGAGCUACUGUCAAGUGAGAAGUUCUGGGACUUCGCACAGAACUCGGAUCCAUACGUGCGGAGAGCGACUCUGAGCUUGAUCCGUGCGUUCUGUCAGCAUUGGCCCGCACUACUCGAACCCCAUCUCCCGUCGACGUUCGUCACGAAAGCCUUAUCCAGCAAACCUACGACCGCGAACGACCAGGUUCUACUGCUUGUUACACUUAUCGAUAUCACUCGCGCCUUUCCUACAUAUUGGGCAUCCGCUUCAUCGACGAAGAAACCCAUCCUCGCACGCUUGACAAAGUUCCUUGGUUACGGGUCCGCAGAUUGGUCCAAGACGGUUGAACUCAUCGACGCAUUACCGGCACAAGACAUUACUCUCACCACUAUGGACGCCGUGACAGGUAUUCUUGAUGCCGUUUGGGCAUGCGUUACGAAGGAGACGAAGGCGGGAUGGAAGGCGGCGUUUGAGGGGUGGACCAAGAUCCUUCUCACUCUUCUCCCGAAAUUGUCGUCGGCGGAGGAGCAAGGGAAAGUGGUGGAAGAGAAGUCUACUCCCGUGCUUGUGUCGCAGAUCAUCUUCCCUGAAUCACAGUCAUCGUCUGCGAUUUCGGCUCUUGCAUCUGCAUUAUCUUCGCUGCCGGCUGAUGUGGCAAGGAAGUGUUGGAGUGUGGUAACGAGGAAGUUACUUGAAGCGGUCAAGGGCGGGGGAUUGGAGAGGCGUGAGUGGGAUGCGCAGGUUGCUGUUAGAUCGGCGGGUGAGCACUGGUGUACCCUCGCGCAUCAGAUCAUCCUUCAAUCCGCAGACCUGAAAGCGACGGUGCAGGAGAGUACGAAAGAGAUCUUCAAAGCCGGUUUGGUGUCUGUCAAGGAACAGCGUGGGUUCCCAGCGGGCGUGACGAGUGUCAUUGAUGCGUUAUGGCGGACAUUCCCUACUAUCCUCUCCGACGAUGAAGAACUUACACGAGAGGUUGAUGAGUUUGCGCAAGAUGAUAUUCCGGCACUUGUCACCUCUCUCUCGGGUUCUGCACUGCUAUCGAUUUUAGUUACGUAUGUCACGGCACGGCCAAGUGAGGUGGGUGCCGUUGCGUGGACGAGGACGGUGAAGAGCGUUCUCGCCUCUUCUGAUGUGGGGAAGAAAGAGAAGCUUGUUGGUGAGCUCUUUGACGGUGCGGGAAGGCUGAGCAGUGGUCAAGUGCCGGUGUUGGAUGAGAUGGAAGCGUACUUGAAGGAGAAGGCGGGUGACAUGGAGUUUGUCAAGACGGCGGUUAAGGCCGAGGGAAUCCUUAUCUCCCGUGGACUCGCUGUACAGAUCUUGAGUGACCUUCUUAGCUCCUUGCGGGCUUACGUCGAGGAAGCUCCCGAGCGUGCGGUCAAGAUCGUACAGCUCGUCACGGGCGUCGCGAAAGUUAACCACGAGCUUCUCGCCUUGCUCUUGCAGACGCCUGAGUCAGGUAGAAAUCUGUCAUAUCUCCUCACACUCACGGAUUCUCCACACUCCGAUCUCGCUGCUGCGGUGAAGGAGGCGAAGGCUGUCUUGGGUGGUGCAGCGGAGUUGAAAAGUCAGGUUGGGGAUGCGGUUGUGCAGUCCCUCCUUGAACAAGUUCAGCACCCGACACUAGAAGAUCACACCGUGGCGAAAGUGUUGGCUGAGCGGGUCGUGGAGGCUUCUAGGAACGCUGGAUCAGACUCGAUGUUAUUUGCGGCUGAGGCGUGGGAGAAGGCUAUUGAGGUGUUUGCGCAGAGACAUCCGUCUGCUGAGUUGGCGUUGACGAAUGGGCUAGGGCAUGCUGCCCAUUCUUCUGGAAACGCCGAAGAGGGCCAGGUCGUGGAGGUCGAGAGGGAUGGACGUGGGUUCUCUGCGUUCCUCAAUAUGGCGAUUUUUGCGCAGGAGCUGUUGAAGAAGGAGGAGUAUGUGAAGAGCAUUGGGAGUGAAGCACGUGUUAGGGCGUUGGUGCAUAUUGCGAUAUGCGUUGAGAUGGUGAAGGAUCAGCUGGAUGUUCACGACGUGAAUGGGCUCUGGACAGGCUCGGGCAAGUGGGUUGAGGAGGAGAUGAUGGCGUUUGAGGAAAGUUACCAAGAGAUCCUUACCGGGGUUCUUGCCGGCACAGAUGAUUGGAGUACGCUCUUACAGGACGGCACUGAGGCACCAAGCCUCGCCAUUGCCUUCGUCAAAGCUCUCAUGACCGAAGCAAAGGGCGCGUCCCCCACAUCCUUCUACGUCGCAAAAUCGUUGCACGGCGUCCUCUCAUCCCUCUCCGAUUCCGCCCUCCCCAGGCCCCUCGCCGAAUCCCUCCUCAAAUCCUCCACCCCCCGCACGUCCCCAGAUAUCUUCCGCUCCAUCGCGAUCCUCAAGGGUCUGCAGCGUGUGCUCGCCUUCUCACCCGUCAUGGAUCGUUUGAGAAAUGAGAUGGCUUCCGAUCUCUCGGGCGUCAAGCGUGGAGAGGCGGAGGAGAAGGGAUACAGGUUGCUUGUGUUGGUGAAUGCAUCGAUCCCGACUGAGGGCGAGGGGGAGUGGACGCAGUUUCCGCAGCAGAGGACGAUGUUUUUGGUGCAGAACGUGCUACGGUGGUACUCUGAAGCAGAUACCGAGGGUGACUUGACUGCGGCUGUGCAUGCGGAGGUUGCGAGGUUGUUUUUGAACGUGCUUCCUAUCAUCGGUGGAGUUUAUGGUGGGCAUUGGGAGACUCUCCUGGGGUGUAUCUCGUCUUGGCUGCAGAUGUGCGAGACUCAGGAAUCAGAUAUUCUGCCGCUCGAGCAUGCUGCGUUGAAGCUCUUCGCUGCUAUCAAGGCUUGUCGUGAGGAGAAUGACGAUAUUUCCGAUGCCUGGGCUGGUGCGCAGACUAACCUUUACGAGCGUUUAUUGGAGGUCUUCCUGCGCAGCAAUGUUGGGCAGACCCAGAGUCAGCCACGGAAUCUGGGUAACGGGUUGCUUACGCGGUUGAUUGAUGAUAUGCCGCUUUAUAUCGUGCUCGACAAUCCGGCGAAGGCAGAUGAGGUUUACACACUUGUUCACGCUUCUCCAUUCCCAACACAGAGGGCUGCGUACCGUCUGUUGCGUGAGUCUGUGGUUUCAAGGAAGGAAGAGCUGGUUAUUCGAGUUGCUACCGCACGGGAGGAGGAUGGAGAUGUUGGUGUUGAGUUACCGGGGGAGUUGUUGUCGAUUAUCUUGGAUGCGCCGGAUGCCAGUUUAAUUGAUGUUGCGGAGAAUGAGGAGGCUAUCCCUGCAGAACUCCGCGGGUAUUGUUUUGCGUGGAAACUUAUCUUUGAUCAUCUUGAGGAAACGUCUUACAGAGUUAAGGCAAGAUAUGUCGAGUUUUUGAAGGAGGGGGAGUUUGUGCAUGCGUUGUUGAAUUUGAUUGCGGAGACGUUGCAUCUUGAUACGGGACGAGCGAUUGAUGUCUCGAAGAUGGAUGUCGAGCGGUUUGCGUUAGAGGAGACGGAGAGCCCGGCGGAUGAUUUGAGGAAGUUGAUGGCACAUCUCUACUUCACGGGCCUCACGCAUCUUCCCUCACUCGUCCGACAAUGGUGGACCGACUCCAAAAACCGACAGCUUACUCUUACUGUCGAAUCCUUCACCGAGAAGCACUUCAGCUCCAUCAUCGUCCAACACGAACUCACCAACGUCCAAAACAACAUCAACCAAUCCGAGCUCAAGCACGAGAAUAUGCAGAUUCGUGUCGCGAAGGCGGCCAGGGAGGUUGCAGCUGUCUAUGAAGUUGACGGUAUGCCGAUGGAGAUGGUGAUUCGGUUGCCGGGGACGUAUCCGUUGAGGCAGGUCGAGAUUGAGGGGAGUAAAAAGAUUGGAGUUAAGGAUGCGCAGUGGAGGGCUUGGUUGUUGGCGAGUCAGAGUGUGAUUACUUCGCAAAACGGAACGAUGAUCGAUGCGCUCAUCCUGUUCAAGAGGAAUAUUACGCUACACUUUGAGGGUGUGGAGGAUUGUGCGAUUUGUUAUUCGGUCUUGUCCAUCCAGGAGAGGUCUUUGCCUAACAAAAAGUGCGGGACGUGCAAGAACAAGUUUCAUGCGAGCUGUUUGUACAAGUGGUUCAAAUCUUCGAACGGAAGCAGCUGUCCUCUUUGUAGGACAUCAUUUUCAUUUGGGAAUUAG